AUGGCUCGCUCCCCUGCUGCCGGCGAGGCGCUCCUACUGCUCGCGCUUGUAGCGGGCGUCAGCGCGCAGCACCACUACUACCACCAGGGCCGCCAGUCGCCCCGAGGCUCGUGCUACGACCGCUACAACCGCGCCCAGCGCUGCAUCCCAGAGUUCGUCAACGCGGCGUUCAACGUGCGCGUCGAUGCGACCAACACCUGCGGCCUGCGCGGCCCCACAAAGUACUGCCCGCAGACGGACGUGCCGGGCGCCACCAAGACGUGUGAAGUCUGCGAUGCCUCCAGACCGCACUUGGCGCACCCGGCCGACUACCUGACCGACUUCAACAACAACGACAACACGACCUGGUGGCAGAGCGAGACCAUGCUGGAGGGCAUCCAGUACCCAAACCAAGUGAACCUCACUCUGGACCUCGGUUAG